AUGAAAAUAAUUUCUGUUUACGUUGCUGUUGCAGAGUCACCGGUCGCCUUUAGUAAUAAUACGUCUGUUUCUGCAGGCAAAGAACGUAAGCCAGAUGAGGUUUUUCAAAGUAGGAGAUUCCUAAACUUACAAAAUACUACUAACAUCAAUAACAUUGCAAAUCCUCAGAUUUCUAUAAUAAACACAAUGCCAGAGUCCUCACCUACAAGUAAACAAGAAUCAUCGUGCAUUGUAUUACCACUAGAAAGAUAUGCCAAGAAACAGGCUGAGGUAGUGCAAAAUAAUUCUGUUGAGUUGACAAGUAAUACGAAAGAACUCAGAUUUUGA